AUGCUUGACAUCAUGUGUCACAUGAAAUCUACAUCCGAUAGUGAGGAGUGGUCACGUGGCCAGGGUGAAUUUUUUAUUACCUCUCGGUCAACGGUGACAAACCGUCGAACUGACGUCACAUCAAAGACUUAUCAGAGCGGUAGUAAUAUUGGCAGCGACUCUGAAAGUAAACCGGUUAACCGUCCACAGUACGCAGUCUAUCGUAGUGAAGAUGAGGUUCCCUACCAGGGAUCCAAAAAUGCCACUGCAAUUCACGUUGACGUGCGUCCCUCCCACCCACCUGUCGACGUGGCAAUCCAGCGCAUCUCCACUACUGGUCAAAACUGGACGGUGUCAGCAGAGCCACGAAAUCAUGUUUACCCUACUGAGACCCUAAUCGUAAGUCCUCCGGCGGCUCGCACCAGCAGCCGACGACAAAGACGAACCCUUCGACAGGGAAGUGAGACACGUGUCGUCACCAAAAUGACGAUUCCUCCGCUUGAGCCAACCAGCCUGGGUCGGCCGAGGAAUCAACGCAGCUACUCCUCCGAUAUCAUUCGAGAGACCGAAGCUACCUCUCGACGCCGUCGGCAAUACGAGCAGUCUUCAUUAAACAAUGCUUUCCAGCAGAUGAGUUUACAGGAUCAGACAGGUCGCUCACAAUCAGUCAGUAGACGCAAAAAAGACUCUGUUCAUCAUCAUCACCAUGCACAUUGCUACUGUUACAGACAUGGUAGACUUCGACCAAGUUCUCGUUCACGUGCUCGUGAUAUAUAUGGUACUUUUCGGGGUGUACCAAUGGCAAUAGGCUACACCACCCCUACAUUAGCCUUCUAUCCCGAUUGGGCGGGAAACUAUGCACCUAUUUCUCCAGCAGCUUACUACUAUCCGGAUGAAUAUGCAACUCCAGUGCCUGGAGUACCAUAUCUCGCCUCACCAGCCAUUCCAAUUCACUACAGCCUUCCGCGUCGAUAUCCUCCGACAAGUACUAUCUACGGACCCAGAUCAAGUAUUCCUAUGAGUGCAGUUACACCAAUGACUCCAGGGACGGCACAGAGGUUCCCACCAGUCUAUCCACGGAGCGCCAGAACGCCGAGUCAGUAUCAUUGUGUAUGCUGCCCCAAUGGCGCUCACCAAAGCACCACUGAGAGAAAUUCACGUGUCUUUAAUUUUGAAGGCGAUCAAUGGGAAAGCGAAGGACCGCCUCCGAGUAACCUGAACCAGUAUGGACGCAGUACUCUCACGAAACGCGCCCGCUCUAAGCAGCAGUUUAUCGAGACACAGCGCAUGCAAGCACAGUCCGCUAUGACUUCUUCGAUGGAAUCUGGUCGAAAGCUUCACCAGACACCAACGGAAUUUGAGGUACCCAUUCAGAAGGACACGCCUACAGCGAUGCCCUACGGACUAGUUUCACCUGGAGGUACACUAAAUGAAACCACUUACACCUCCCAAAAGUAUCAAAAUACCUGGAAUACAACACUGUCACCAAAGGGCAUUGCAGCAAUGCCAACGUUGCACGGUGAGGUAACACGGGAUGAUGGAUUCCCACCUGACUAUGUGGACCUGACUGACGUUGGCAUUGAAUAUACCAAUGGAAUGGAUGAGGGCGAGGAUAACGAGUCACUGCCACCACCGGACAAGAAGAUUGUUCUCCAACUCGCGGAAUCAGCUCUUGCUACAGCGAAUGGCCCAACACAAGUGGCUGCGACUUUAAAAAAAGCGAUGGAUGAUAAUUUCGGACCCGUUUGGCACGUAAUUGCUGGCACCGGAGCCUAUGGAAGCAAUAUCGCGAGUCUCGGGGGACAGUUGCUUCAUUUCAAAGCAUUCGGAUGGGCCUUCCUUAUUUGGAAGACGUCUGAUCAACAGCCAGAGUAG